UUGUCAGGUUCUUGGAAGUCGAAUGUUGAUGUUGGCACAUCUCAUUCCAGUGCUAGUGGUAAAAGCGCUUCUGCCAGCUCUGGUACCAUCAGUGCACAGCUGAAUAGCAAUGUACCGCAAAUUUCUGCUCCCGUGUUCCGUAUAGUGUCUGGUUCGACGACGUCAAACGUUUGCCCUCAGCCUGGGAAUCGGUCCCGUUGUGAUACUCCGUCGGUGUCUGGUGCAGCUCAGAUUUCGGGAAGCAGUGGCGGUGUGCACGACGGAAAUGUGUUGAACAACUCGUUCGUUCGUGCCCCUGCUUUACUUUCGUCGAGUCUUGCCUCUGGUCCUUCUCGACUGUCAACUGUGAUUACAACUGCAGGCCCUGUGCAGCAGCAGACUCAAAUCCCGGCCGUCACAAUCGCGGUCUGUGGCGUUGAUAUUCGGCAGCGGCCUCCGAUCGUUCAGAAUUCGAUAGCGACCGGUCAGGCGGCGAGCAUAGCGGGUAGCCUGAAUGCGCAGGCGACCGUACCAUCGAGGCACACAGCCACAAUCUUGCGGACCAAUACCGGGCAGCUAUUAUUGGUAACUGCACCAACCGGCAGCGCCGGUGUGUCUUUCGGACAAAACGUAACGCUUCCUCUCCAGGUCUCACAUGGUGCGCAGCAGUCACAGUCGCAUCAUGCUCUGAUACCUCCCGACUCUGCAUCUCCGCUGGUCGUGAACGCUCGAGUUCCGUCACACAAGCACAAUGUAAAUCUUCCGCUUCUGCCUCACAACGCGUCGGCGGGGGUGGCCACGAACCUCUCCCGUACGCCGACCGUUUUACCCGGUAGCACUGCGACGACGUUCGUCACCUCGUCGUCCGUGCAGGCGAACACUCCACGACCUCAGCUGGCGCUGACCCACGACGCGGCCGAAAAGAAAUGCAUCAGUUUUCUGCGAACCCUGAUCAAGUUGGCUAAAGACAAAGGCGAUCUAAACGUUAUGAACGAAGUGAACAAAUUGGUCCGUGGUCUCUUGUUGAAUCAGAUCAGCCCUCCUGUUUUCACCGAAAAGAUAACGGCCGUUCUUAAUUCGAAGCCGCAGUCCAAUCUGUUGCCGUUUUUGGAGAAUACGCUUCCGGCGGUGCAACGCGACUUUGCGGCUGGCAAGUUCUUCAUCGAAGGUUUAACGGUGAACUCGGGCGCGGGAUUAAUCCCCGCCAGUUCGAUGUCGUCAGCGUCUUUGGUCAGAUCUGCACAGGGGACGCAUGUCUCUUCGCUCACCCCUUGGACGUCGUCGUCGACGAUUUCCAACUCUUCAUUUACUGCCACACCACCAGGCAUCGUUACCGGAUCGGCGACGAACGUCUGCGGUGGUAGCAGCGCGACUAGUGGCAUUUCUGGACCUUACAUUGUGGCGACUCAUGUCGGUCUGCGGUCGGUUAUCAGCAAUGUUCCACCACCGAACCUGCAGGUCCAUCACCAGUACCCGUCGGUAGCUCAGCACCUGAGCACAACGUCACCGAGCUUCCGGAACAACUUGUCUCUUCCACCGCCCCUCUCUACUGCACAGUCUUCGUCGUCGUCGUCUUCGCCGUCUUCACAGGUUUGUUCAGCCGGUUCUUCAAGUUUUAACUCGCAGAUGCCGCCGACGACUAGCCUCGUGAUCAGUGGCGACCAUGAACGUGUGGGGGUGCCCCGCUUGUCAGAGGACGCUACCGCCUCCCCCGUUCAGAAAAGUUCCAUUGCUGGUACCGCCGCCUCUGCCGCUCCCUCAAAAAGUUCCACGGCAGCUGAUUCGCAUGUAAUCGCGACUCCGCUCGAGAAGUACAGGGAACCGGACGACGACAUCAACGAUGUUGCGGCUAUGGGUGGAAUUAAUUUGGCCGAAGAAUCACAGAAAAUCCUUGCCUCUACUGCCGAACUGUUGAGCACCGAAACGCGCAGUUGUGGACCAGAAGAAGAAUUCCUGUUCACAGCUCCUCUGCAAGAACGGAUUAGGUUUGUGUGCAAAAAGAAGGGCGUCGAAGACUCUAAACCAGAGGUAGCCAGCCUUAUUUCCAACGCUGUCCAAGAACGGCUCAGACAAAUGUUUGAACACCUCGCUACUUUGGCCGAACAUCGCACCGAUUCUCUUAGGAACAAUCCCCUUUACACCCAGGUGUCCGACGUCCGCGCCCAACUGCGGUUCAUCGAAGAGCUGGAUAAUCAGGAGCAGAAGCGUCGCGAGGAGCGCGAGAAGGAAAUCGUGAUCAAAAUGGCCAAGAGCCGGUCGACGAAGAUCGCUGACGCCGAGCAGCAGCGGAUCAAGGAGCGUGCCAAGGAGUUGCAAAAGGCAGAACAGGAGGAGCUGCGCAACCGCGACGCGAAUGCCGCUGCCCAGCUGGCGCUAUCGUCUUCUCGCAAGCGACCGUUGGUCGCUACUGGCAAUGCGGACGGAGUGAACGCAGUUUCGCACCCACUCAACGUCGUCGGCACAGCCGUUUCCCCUAACGUCAGACCUGUGACCACGCAGCGGUUCUCGUCUUCCGCGCUGUCCGGUUCCGCCGAUAGCUUACUUAGAACAGCACAGGUACGUUGUCCAUAUUGUCGCAGUCUCUUGUCAACCCUUUUUUCACGGUACACUGAAUCACUCUCUUUUGCUGUCCUCGCCAGUUUUGCGCUAAACACAGCAUUUCGAUCAGUUCGCUGCAGAUACGCACUAGCAGAGUAACA